UUAUGCAGCCGCCAUAUUCUGUGACAGUAUUUUGAUUCGUAUCUGCUGGAAGUGAGGAAAAAGAGAAAAGUGAAGGGCUGUCGAGGGGAGGGGGGGGCUGAAGAAGAGGAGCUGUCAAAAAGUUAUUCCCGAGUCUCUGUCAAACGGCGGAGAGCCGAGGCUCGGUAUCCCUCCCCCUGACGCUAUUUCGAGGACACACAAGGCCCGGGGCCUCGGUGCAGUUGGCUCUUCGUCUGCCUGGUAGUAGCUGGACUGCUCUCGGCUUCUCCUCUCCCAGCUCCGCGGCCCUCUGGAGGUCCGGCGGCGGUGUCGGGUGUUGAAGGCGGCCCGGGGAGCGGCGGCGGCAGCGGAGACGGAAAGAAGAUGUUCAAGAUGAGGGCGGUUUGCUGCCACGACUGACGCCCCAGUGCGCUGAACAGAACAAGCAGUCCUGACCUGGCAACAUACGAAUGGCCCAGGGAAGCCACCAGAUUGACAUUCAGGUUUUGCAUGACCUGCGCCAGAAGUUCCCUGAAGUCCCAGAGGGUGUUGUCUCCCGGUGUGUUCUGCAGAACAACAACAAUUUAGACGCCUGCUGUGAAUACUUGUCCCAGGUCAGUCCGGGCUACUUGUACAGCGAAGAAGGAAACCUCAGCUUCUCCGACGACCCCAGCUUCAUCAGGCUUCGUAAUCACAUGACCCAGCUGAACCUGGGCCUGCAGUCUCAGAAUGUGCACGCGGCCCCGGUUCGGGACGGCCUGAGAAUGAACGGCAGCCGGACUCUGGCCCACAGCCUGAGCGACGGGCCCCUCCCGACAGGCCAGGCCCCCAACAGUGACUUCUUUCAGCAGGAGCCCCAGUCAGCCCCCGUGCAGGUGCCCUCCAGCAUCAAUGUGUUUGGUGUGAUGGAGCCGUCACGCAAACCGCAGCCUCCACAGCACCUCGGACUCUACCCUCUGGGUGUCAAAGGAACGACGAUGGGCGUCCAGCAGACGCCGCGCUUCAAUCCCAUCACCGUGACGCUGGCCCCCAAUAUCCAGACGGGCCGCAACACCCCCACCUCUUUGCACAUACACGGCGGCCCUCAGUCGGGGCUCAGCAGUCCACAGGGUAACUCUAUCUACAUCCGGCCCUACGUCAGCCAGACCGGUACGACCCGGCAGAACCAGCAGCAGGGAGGCAGGGCCCAGUACAGCCCCACGUCCCAGCCCCAGCAGCAGAUCUAUCAGAUCUCACAUCCCUCCCUGUCCAGCUCCUGGUCCGGCCCUCAGCACGCCUCCUCCUCACAUACCUCACAGCACCAGACCCAGGGCCACCAGACCUCUCACGUCUACAUGCCAAUCAGCUCCCCCACAAACCCCCAGGCGCCCUCCAUCCUCCCCACUGGAAGCCAGGCCUCUUCCUCUGGUGUCUCCUCCUGCUCUUCUUCCUCCUCCUCCUCCUCUGUCAUGCCCACCUCCCUGUCUGCCAUCAGCCAGUACAACAUCCAGAACAUCUCCACCGGCCCGCGCAAGAAUCAGAUAGAGAUCAAACUUGAAUCUCCUCAGAGGAGCAACUCCACAACCACGACCGCCGUGCUGCGGACGAGCAGCGGGCCCCGCUCCUCCUCCACCUCCUCCUCCUGCCCUUCCUCUUCCUCCUCUUCAACCGGGGUGGCUACUGUCCCCACCACCCCUCUCUCCAUCGGAGGCCCAGGUCUGAGCCGCAGCCAGCCCACUGUUUACAUCUCCGCCAGCCCGCCUACUGCUGCUACCACUCCCUCUGACGAGGCCGCCGUGGCCUCAGCCGGCUCCCGCUCCCAACCCAAGUUUUACAUUUCUGCCAACGCCUCCAGCGACGAUAGUGGGGGUCGGAACCCUCCCACAGUCUACAUCUCAGCCAACCCUCCCUUGCAGGGUCCGUCGGGGGCCAGGAACAUGGGGGGCCAAGUGAGCAUGGGCCCCGCCUACAUCCACCACCAUCCACCUAAGUCCCGUGCCUCUUUAGGAGGGGGAGGCACUGCUUCUUCCCCACGUGUGGUGGUGACUCAGCCCAACACCAAAUACACUUUUAAAAUCACAGUGUCCCCCAAUAAGCCCCCAGCUGUGUCCCCGGGAGUCGUGUCCCCGACUUUUGAGCCCAACAACCUCCUCAGCCUACCCUCAGACCACCACUUUGUGGAGCCAGACCCCCUGCAUCUCUCAGACCCGCUGUCGCCUCACAGGGAGAGGCCGAGUGAGCCUCGCAGACUCAGCAUGGGCUCUGAUGAUGCAGCGUACACACAAGCAUUGUUGGUCCAUCAGAAGGCCCGCAUGGAGAGGCUGUGGCACGAGCUGGAGCAGAAGAAGAAGAAGCUAGAGAAGCUAAAAGAGGAGGUCAACGAGAUGGAGAACGACCUGACAAGGAGACGGCUGGAGAGAUCCAACUCGGCCUCUCAAAUUCCUUCUAUUGAGGAAAUGAAGCAGUUGCGAUGCAAAAACAGGUUACUGCAGAUCGACAUUGACUGCCUCACCAAAGAAAUUGAUCUCCUUCAAACAAGAGGACCACACUUUAAUCCAAGUGCAAUCCAUAAUUUUUAUGACAACAUUGGAUUCCUCGGUCCCGUCCCACCCAAACCCAAAGGUACUUUAUCUAUUGACAGGAGAGGGUGUAGAUAUAAUGUGACCUCUGAGCUCAUGAUGGAGCCCACCUCUGGUCCCUCCCCUCCUCUCCCACUUGACCCGGGCAGUAAGAUUGUGAAGCCCAUCGCAGACCAGGAGGAGGACGAGGGGACGCAGUGGGGCUGCACCGCCUGCACCUUCCUCAACCAUCCCGCCCUCAACCGCUGUGAACAGUGCGAGUUCCCGCGGCACUUCUGAGCCAACGAGGCUGCGCCGCGCCGCCCCCUCCUCUGCCCGCCUGUCUCCAGAGCAGAAUAGAAAAGGGCCUUUCUUGUUUCUUCUUUUCCCUAGUUUUUAUGAAAACUGGGACGGGGCGUAGUCAUCGUGCAUCGUGCAUCCUGUUUUCCUUGAUUUUUUUUUCCUCUUCUCCUCUCUAAGGUUAGUUGAAUGCUGUCCACUGAAGGCUUGACUGGAUAGUGUUUACAGCUUGUGUUUUUUCGUAAAGGCUGGCAGAGUCGGAUGAUACCUCACCUUCGAGACUCGGAUGGGGGUCACCUCCCCCUUUUUUUUUUUGCUCGACGGGUGACACCUCGGGGGGGAUACCUCGCUGCUCCCACUUACAGUAUUAUGAGUGUGGCCCUGCAGUGUGACGGCACACAUACACACACCUACACACACAACACAGGUGCCGAUGUGCCUUUUUUGCUGAUUACAUUUUUUUUUUCUUCCUCUGCGGUGGCUUGACCGUGGGAUUUGGGAACUGUGUUCAGCCACUGCUCUCCACCUGAAGGGAAAACUAACAGACUAAUCGUGGACUUUAAAGUUUGUUUGCUGUUUCUAGAGGAUGUCAAAAGGGGGAACCGGCAGCAGUGUCGCCGCCGCUCAAAACGUGCCUCUCGUCCUCCCCCUUCAAGUAUCCCUUUUUCUGUCUCUUCAGUCAUGAGUUAAUGAAAAAAAAAGAAAGUUGCAUGCUUUGUGUACAGUACACGGAGGCAGAAACUCCCCUUGAGCUUUUUACUGUACAUAAUUUUAGAAUGUGCCUUGAAAGCCUUCUUCCUCACACUAUGAAUCACUUGUAUUUCCUGUAAGUAUAGCUUUAUAGACUUUAUUAACUUUUUUUGUGUCUUGUUUUGUUUCCCUCUUUCAAACGAAUAAGCACCAUGCUCCCUUUUUAAGCUUUUUUUACUUGAUUUCUGCGAGAGUUGAAGCCUUGCAGAAGGAGAGGAGCAGAGCGGUAACAACCCCUCGCAGUCAUCAUGAAGCUACGUCUGCCCCGGUCCGUUCAUCGCUUGUGUAAUUGCUGAGUUUCCUGUGUACGAUCUGCAGAUGCAGCAAAGAGGAAGGCGAUGGAGGAGUCUGUUUUUUUUUUUUCUUUUUCUUUUUUUUUUUUUUUUUUUUUGUUCAGGACGCCAAAUAUGUCGGGAUUGUCGGGGGAGGGAAAGGGGUCAAAAAGCAAAAAAAAAAAAAAAAAAAAAAAAAGUACAAACUGCCAUCUUAUCUGACAACUGGAAUGUAGGUUUAAUGUUUGGGGACAGCUACACCUCAGUGCAGAGAGACUCUCAUUUUCAAGUACAAUCAGGACGUUACUGCAGACGAUGUUAAAGUGUCCUGGAACAGCUGAUUGGGGUCAAAGUCUCCAUGUUGCUGUGCACCUGAAUUGGGUUUUUGUGAGGUACCGUGCCUGAUAUACCUGUUGCCUUAUUUACAACAAUCGUUGACAUCUUUGAAGCAGACAACAUGACUGUCCACUUUGUAUACUCUUAUUUUUAUUUGGCUCAUUUCAUCCUCCUAAGCUUUUAUCCAUGAGGGUGUUUCUAAAGUUUACUUAUCGUCAUUAACUUACCUUAACUGUGGAGUAGUUACUUUGUUUUUUUUUUUGUUUUGUUUUUUUUCCACACUUGUGAAACGUUGCCUUGCAUCAGUGCCUUUAGAACUAUCCAAUUUGUAUUGAUAAUCUAUUCUCUCACAUCCGAGUGCCAUUUUUAAAAAACUUUUUUUUUUUUUAGUAUUGUUUAAUCCCAUUUAAAAGUAGAAGAUGAAUUAUUGUCUCUUAAGCACUUACGCCAUACUUUUUUCCUUUUUUUUUUCCAAUCCAAAGAAACCAGUUUUCAGCUUUAUCUGCACCUUGGUGUGAAGAGGCAGUUUAUUCAUGUUUUAUUAAAUGGAGAAAAAAAAGUAAUUUGGAUAUCUAAAGUGUUUUUUUGAUUUUAGCUGGGAAAACUGUCUUUGUAACAGAUAAGUUAUUUGUAAAAAUAAUUAAAAAAAAUCUAUUCUGA